AUUAUCCGUAUGAUAUAUGUAACGGAACUGUGGAUUCUUCGUGGAUACCCACUGCUCUGCAGUUCUUUUUCGGUAUUAUAGGGAAUGCAAUAGCAAUGAUAUUAGUGUGGAUAAAUCGAAGGGAUCACAGAUGGUCUUCUUUCUACAAAAUGUUUGCUGCCCUCGCGUUAACGGAUUUCUUAGGAGUUUUAUUAACUUAUCCUUUUGCAAUCAUGAGAUACAUUUCUGAUUUUACAUACUGCUUUCCAAUAAAAAUUUGUGAAUCUAUUUCUUUUGUAAUGGUGGACGCCCAUUUAGCUGCUGCCUUAUUAAUAUGUGCCCUGUCAUUUGACAGACUUCUUGUUCUCAUAAAUCCUUACCAUUACAGGAGCCGAGAUUUGGGUAGACGAUAUGUUGUCGUGAUUAUAGCAAUAUGGCUGUUUUCAUCGGUCUUCUCAAUGCUACAGUUGGUUGGUGUAGGCAAAGCUGAACUUUAUUUUCCGGGAUCCUGGUGCUAUUUUGAUUUCGUGAAGCCUAGUAUCGGGAGUCUUUUCUCUGCUUAUUUUUAUUCAGUCGUCAGCUUCUCAAUAAUUUUGAUUACUGUAGUGGUAAAUGUUUUCACUAUGUGGAAAAUUUGCCACGACCCAGCUGCUAAGGGGACUCUAUUAGACUCCAGUCUCGUCUCCGGAUAUUACGACUCCCACGUCAUAGUUUUUAUCAUUGCAGUUACAAUCUCCUUUGUAGCUACCUGUACCCCUUUAAUUGUUGAUAUCUUUUUGCAUGCAUUAGAACUGAGAACAGAAAACAAUGAUUUGGAAAUGUGGUUUGAACGCUUGACAUUCCUGAAUGCCAUCAUCGACCCUUGGUUGUACAUAGUCCUGAGAAAAGAAUCCAUCAGAAGAAUUAUCCUUCUCUACCGAGCACUACGCAAUCCAGUAUCUCCAGAGGAAGAAUGCUUGCUUGAACGAUAAAAUGACUUUGACCUAGUUUGAUUGGUUUACAAGAGAGUAAAGAUUAAAAGGUUAUAAUUUGACAGAAUUUUUUUUACUGUUUGAUCAUAUUUUGAUAGAUUUUUAAAGUAAAUGCAAAUGUGACAAAAAUUCAUUAGUUUGUAGUGAAACAUGAAAUUAAAUUUAAUGUACAUGUACAAGAUAUAGGUUUUUUUAAUAUAUAUUUUGUUAAUUAUGUACAUAAUGCAUAUAUAAUACCGCAUGAGUUCAUCUCACAUCGAUAACUUAACUUAUUUAUGGCGUGCGUGUAGACAGUGUAUUACACGUUCUAAACUUGUAGCUACACGUCGGAUUUGACGUCAUGAUAUCAAAGAACACAAAAAUUGAUGACGUCACCCGUACAAGUUGGUCGCAAAACAUGUAACUAAAACUCUAUAUUGUUAUACAUUAUUCUUGGAGUUUCUUCUUCACUUUUUGUUAAUAUUUUAGUGAUG